CUCGUGAAUAAAAUAUUUGAAAACCAAGUUCAUAGAUAAUACACAUAAACCAAGUUGAAUCAAAUACUUACACGUAUGUAUGUACCGUAACUAGCAUUUCUGAUCGUAGAUACCAAAAAUAAUUGGUUAAAGAAGGAUAAUUAAUUCUUCAUUUAUUUAUUAAAACAAAAGAAAUGAAGGUUUAAAACAAAUUUAACUAAACUAAAUUAUAUUGUAAGAUGGAUCUCUUAACAAUAUUUCUGGUAAUGGUUUUAUAUGGUAUUGCUAUAGCGUUGGCUCUAUUAAUUGUGCUCGUUAUAAUACUAUAUAUAAUAACUGAUACGUAUCCUGUUGUGGAGCGGUAUAAAGAUGAAGAAACAUACAAUGAUUACUUAACAAAUACUAAACUGAGAUUCCCCUCUAUACUUGAAGAAGAAUCUGUUAGCUUAAGUGUAGUUGUUCCUGCAUAUAAUGAAGAAAAAAGACUGCCACCCAUGUUGGAUGAAACAAUUGAGUUCUUGGAGAACCGACAAAAAGAAAACCCUUCAUACAAAUAUGAAAUAAUCAUAGUGAGUGAUGGAAGUAAAGACAGCACAGUAAAAGUAGCCGAGAGCUACUCUAUAAAAUAUGGUAGUGACAAAGUGAAAUGCCUAGAGUUAAUAAAGAACAGAGGAAAAGGAGGAGCAGUCAGACUGGGCAUACAAAGUUCGAGAGGUGCAACAAUAUUGUUUGCAGAUGCAGAUGGUGCCUCAAAAUUUGAAGAUUUGACGAAAUUAGAAGUCGCCCUAAAGGAUAUUGUGAAAUGUGAUCCCCUCAAAGAUGUUAAAACAACUAGUGAAAGUCUAGGAAUUGUAAUUGGUUCGAGGGCUCAUCUUGAAAAGGAAUCUUUAGCAAAAAGGAAUAUUUUUAGGAAUAUACUUAUGUAUGGAUUUCAUUUUCUGGUCUGGUUGUUCACUGUAAAAGGUAUAAAAGACACACAGUGUGGCUUCAAACUUUUCACUAGAAAAGCAGCAAGAAUAUGUUUUGAAAGCUUACAUGUAAACAGAUGGGCAUUUGAUGUAGAGUUAUUGUAUAUCGCACAAAAAUUAAACAUUCCAAUAUCCGAAAUACCAGUGAGGUGGACAGAAAUCGAAGGAUCAAAAGUCACGCCAGUUGUCGCUUGGAUACAAAUGGGAUUUGACCUAGGCCUUAUCUGGCUUAAAUAUAGAAUAGGAGCUUGGAAGAUAAAAAGCGAAAAAACAGAGUGAUCUUUAAUGAAAAAAUCAAUUUAUUAUAUUUAUUAAACGGAUACAUUGUGUAGUUCUUUGAUGAAAAAUAUAACUUUCAAUAACAAU